AUGAAACCGAUGUUAUCAACAGUUCCUUUAAGACCGUGUUGCAGACUAACCUCUAGGUUGCCACUGUUGACACGUAGCAUUCAUAUUUCGGGUAUCAAUCUUGCUGGGAAACACAAGAAGCGUAGCUUCCCUUCCAAAGAGUUGAAGAAGUUGACAUUUGAUAUACCCAAUCAUACUUCUGUUAACAAUCUAUCGAAUCUUUUAAACGUCAGGCUUGAGAAAUUGAUCCAAGAUUUGAAGAAACUCGGAUUUACACACGCUUCAUCGAAUUACAUUCUAACCAAGGGAUAUAUUGAGUUGAUUUUACAAGAGUAUAACUAUGAUUUCGAGGUUAAUGAAGUAGUCAACUCGUCAAAUGUGUACGACGAAUUAAAAUCACCAAUGAAUCCCCGGUUUCUCGAAACUCGACCUCCUAUUGUUACCAUCAUGGGCCACGUCGAUCACGGUAAGACUACUAUUUUGGACUACCUAAGGAAAUCUUCCAUCGUGUCGCAGGAACACGGUGGUAUCACCCAACAUAUCGGUGCGUUCCAAUGUGUCGCUCCAAUCUCUAGGAAAUUAAUCACUUUCCUUGAUACACCGGGGCAUGCUGCUUUUUUGAAGAUGAGAGAGCGUGGUGCUAAUAUCACAGAUAUCAUCGUUUUAGUAGUAUCGGUGGAAGAUUCUAUCAUGCCACAAACUUUGGAGGCCAUCAAACAUGCGAAGAACUCCGGAAAUGAGCUCAUCGUAGCAAUUACUAAGAUAGAUAGAAUAUCAAAUUUAAAAGAGCGUGCAGAGGCCAUUGAAAAAGUGGAAAAUUCGUUGAUUGUUAAUGAUAUUGAACUAGAAAAGAUUGGAGGCGAUGUCCAAGUUGUACAUAUCAGUGCCAAAACAGGUGAAAACAUGGAUCAAUUAGAGGAAAGUAUCAUUUCAUUGAGUGACAUUAUGGAUUUAAAGGCUGAAAAGAAUGUUAAGACGGUCUGUGAAGGAUGGGUUUUGGAAAGUGAAGUUAAGAAAGCCGUUGGGAAUGUAGCUACUGUGCUAUUAAAAAAAGGUGUGAUGAAUAAAGGUGACAUUUUAAUUUCUGGUAAUUCGAUCUGUAAAGUUAGAGCAAUGUUGAACGAACAUGGUGCCCAGGUGACUAAGGCGUUACCUUCACAAGCUGUAGAAAUUGUAGGGUGGAAAAGUUUGCCAAACGCUGGGGAUGAGGUAAUUCAAGCCAAAUCAGAGUCGAUUGCCAAGAAAUAUGUUGCCAGGAGACAACACUUACUUCAAGAGGAAAAAGAAGCAGAAACUGUAGAAAAGCUCAACGAUGAGAGAGUAGCUCAAAGUGAAACAAAGGCUUUGAAAAAUGACAUAGAUGAAGUAGACGAAGAUGAAGAACAAGCUGAAGUAGAAUCUGGUCCAAAAGAUGUUAAUUUUAUCAUAAAGGCAGAUGUUUCUGGUUCAGUGGAAGCCAUCGUUCAAAGUAUCGAACAUUUAGGUAAUGAUGAAGUGAAAUGUAAUAUUGUCGGUUCAUCAGUCGGAGUACCCGCCGAAAAUGACUUGAAGAUGGCAAAGAUUACCGGGAGUACUAUUUUAUGUUUCAACUUGGAUAAUGUACCCAAUGAUAUCAUUAACAAUAAGGAUAAAAUACCUGUGAAGCAGUUCAAUGUUAUUUAUAAACUAAUAGAAGACGUCACAGAGACGUUGACAGACAAUUUGAAGCCAAUAUUCGAAGAGAAGCAGAUUGCCGCUGUUGAAAUCCGUGAAAUUUUUGAAUUCAAGGUCAAAAGGAACUUUAUUAAGAUUGCCGGUUGUAAAGUUAUUAAUGGUAAAGUCAGCAGAAACUCCUUAGUAAAGGUUAUCCGUGGUCCUGAAGAGGAAGUUAUUUAUAAAGGUAGAAUUUCCACGAUAAAACAGGGUAAAGAAACUGUUCAAGAUGUCAAUAAAGGCAACGAAUGUGGUAUUACGUUAGAGAACGAUUUUGAAGGAUACCAGGCUGGUGACAAACUUAUAGUUUACGAGAGUGUUAAAAUUCCCCGUUUCUUGUAA